AUGUCGUCCGUGGUUGGUAUUCCAACCUCUAAACUCCGCAGACGAUGCUCAGCACGAUCUCUUCGUUCCAGGGGUCAUAUCAGCAAUGAAAGUGACUCACAAUGUCCUACCAAUGUUUCUAAUAUACGAUCUCGCAAACCUACAGCUUACUGGACCAAGCAAGAAGAAGAAUUGUUCCUUCAAUUCCUACAUGAACAGAAGUCGAUCACUGAUGAUGGCAACUUCAAAACAAAGACUUUCAAUGAAGUGUCCAAUCAUCUCAAGGAGAAAUUCCCAAUGCAGAGGAGUGCUGAGAAGACACACUCGGUUUGCCAUUCAAAAUGGGCGAAUAGGGCUUCUGGGUUUACUUGGAGUGAUGAGCAUGGUGCUGGAAUUACUCUGGAGACUGAGAGUGCAUGGGCAGCUUUUGUAAAGGGUUGUGCAGCAGCAAAGUCAUUCAAGAACAAGGGCUUCCCUUUCUUUGAUCUCAUCAACAACAUACAUCUGCAUGGCAAGAGACAGGGAAACAACUCAAAUAUCUACUAUUCCCCCACAGGCUUUGACAGCAUGUCCUCCACCAUGACUAGCAGCGCAUCCAGUGCACUUGAGGCCCUUAAUCUUUCCCCGCCCACUCCUUCUGUAAAUGAAACCAACACCAGCACUAGCAUGCGGCGUGAUGCAACCACCGAGGCAACUGGAUCUAACCUGCCAAACCUAUCUUUGCCUAGCAGUGUUCCAUCCACCUUUCUCUCCAGCUCAAACACAAGUUCAGUCAUCACUAGCGUCAGUCGCAAUUCGAAGCACAGGCAUGACAGUCAAAGUGCAUUUGGCUCAGUGCCUCCUGUCAGUGGGGGUAAGUGUUCUCGACCUGUUUCAGUUGCUGCAAAGGUGCAGCAGGAGAGUAGCGAUGAGCUUGUGAGGUUCAAUAACAUCUUUGAAACGUUUACAGUGAAAUUUGAUGAUUCCCAAUCAUCAUCAAACCCAGAGUACACUCAAGCACUUAAACUGCUCCGAGAUGAUAGCACCACAAUUGGCUUAUCACCGCAGGAACGGAUGGACAUUGGGAGUUUCUUGGGGAGGAACCCGAGAGACAUCACAUUGUAUGUGAACAGUGAUGUUGAGGUCAGGGAACUGUGGCUGUGA